AUCACUUUCAUCAAAACACCCACUAAACUGUGUUGACUCUCUCUUCUGAAACUCGCUCCUCGAGCUUCCCUCUCGGGCGAUUGUUUUUUCUACCAGUGAAAGAUAGAGAGAGUGAGAAGAUGGGUGCAGUUAUUGAAGGGAAACUAAGGUUUUGUAUUGACAGAGGAGGUACUUUCACUGAUGUUUACGCCGAGAUCCCGGGACAUUCCGAUGGUCGUGUUCUGAAGCUUUUAUCGGUGGAUCCAUCGAACUAUGACGAUGCUCCGGUGGAAGGAAUCAGGAGGAUACUCGAAGAGUACACAGGGAAGAAGAUCCCAAGAACAUCUAAGAUACCAACAGAUAAAAUCCAGUGGAUAAGGAUGGGCACUACUGUGGCUACGAACGCUUUGCUGGAGAGAAAAGGCGAAAGAAUAGCUUUGUGUGUUACAAAAGGGUUUAAAGAUUUGUUGCAGAUAGGUAACCAAGCUAGGCCAGAUAUCUUUGAUCUUACUGUGGCGAAACCGUCGAAUCUUUAUGAAGAGGUUAUAGAGGUUGAUGAAAGAGUCGAGCUUGCGCUUGAGGAAGAAGAUAAUGAUGAUUCUAAAGGUCUGAUCAAGGGAGUGUCUGGUGAGCUUCUUAGAGUUUCGAAGCCGUUUAAUGAAGAAGCUUUGAAGCCGUUGCUUAAAGGUCUGCUUGAUAAAGGGAUAAGUUGUUUGGCUGUGGUUCUGAUGCACUCGUACACGUACCCGAAACAUGAGAUGGCCGUGGAGAAGUUGGCCUUAGAGAUGGGUUUUAGACAUGUCUCAUUGUCUUCUGCGUUGACUCCAAUGGUUCGAGCGGUUCCUCGUGGUCUUACUGCAACUGUGGAUGCAUAUCUGACGCCUGUGAUCAAGGAGUAUUUAUCAGGUUUCAUCUCCAAAUUCGAUGAUGAUCUUGGGAAAGUGAAUGUUCUGUUCAUGCAAUCUGAUGGAGGUCUAGCACCAGAGAGUAGGUUCUCAGGUCACAAGGCUGUGUUGUCAGGUCCAGCAGGAGGAGUUGUUGGUUACUCGCAGACACUCUUUGGUCUUGAAACUGAGAAACCGCUGAUUGGAUUCGACAUGGGUGGUACAUCGACGGAUGUUAGCCGCUAUGAUGGAAGUUAUGAGCAAGUCAUAGAAACUCAGAUCGCUGGAACGAUCAUCCAAGCGCCGCAGCUUGACAUAAACACCGUCGCUGCUGGUGGUGGAUCGAAGUUAAAGUUUCAGUUUGGUGCUUUCCGGGUCGGACCGGAUUCCGUGGGUGCUCAUCCUGGUCCAGUUUGUUACCGGAAAGGAGGAGAGUUAGCAGUUACUGAUGCAAACCUUGUUUUGGGGUUUGUGAUUCCUGAUUAUUUCCCAUCCAUCUUUGGACCUAAUGAAGAUCAGCCUUUGGACGUAGCAGCGACAAGAGAAGCAUUUGAAAAGCUUGCAGGACAGAUCAAUGCGUAUAGAAAGAGUCAGGAUCCAUCUGCAAAGGACAUGACGGUGGAGGAAAUAGCAAUGGGGUUUGUAAGUGUUGCUAACGAGACCAUGUGCCGUCCCAUACGGCAAUUGACGGAGAUGAAGGGCCACGAAACAAAGAAUCAUGCGCUCGCAUGCUUUGGAGGUGCUGGACCGCAACAUGCUUGUGCAAUAGCUAGAUCUUUGGGCAUGAAAGAAGUUCUUGUUCACAGAUACUGUGGGAUUUUGAGUGCUUAUGGAAUGGGUUUGGCAGAUGUCAUUGAAGAUGCUCAAGAGCCGUAUUCAGCUGUUUAUGGUCCUGAAUCUCUUUCAGAGGUGUUUAGAAGGGAGACUUCAUUGCUGAGAGAAGUGAGAGAGAAGCUCCAAGAGCAGGGCUUUGGUGAUGAGAAUAUCUCUACUGAGACAUAUUUGAAUUUAAGAUAUGACGGCACAGAUACAGCGAUCAUGGUAAAGGGUAAAAAAACUGGAGACGGGUCGGCAUUUGAUUAUGCUGCAGAGUUUCUCAAGCUUUUCGAGCAAGAGUAUGGAUUCAAACUUCAAAAUAGAAGUCUCCUCAUAUGUGAUGUUCGUGUUCGAGGAAUUGGAGUGACUAGUAUAUUGAAACCACGUGCAGUUGAAGCUGCCCCUGGUACUCCUAUGAUUGAAAGGCACUACAAGGUUUACUUUGAAGGUGGAUGGCAUGAGACACCGUUGUUCAAGUUAGAGAAUUUAGGAUUUGGUCAUGAGAUCCCCGGCCCUGCGAUCAUCAUGAACGGGAAUAGUACAGUUAUUGUAGAACCACACUGCAAAGCCAUCAUCACAAAAUAUGGGAACAUUAGAAUCGAGUUAGAAUCUGCAACGAGCAGUGUGAAGCUUGCAGAUAAUGUUGCAGAUGUUGUUCAAUUGUCUAUCUUUAAUCACAGAUUCAUGGGUAUAGCUGAGCAGAUGGGAAGAACCUUGCAACGUACUUCCAUAUCGACAAAUAUCAAAGAAAGGUUGGAUUUUUCUUGUGCCUUGUUUAGUCCUGACGGCGGUUUAGUUGCUAAUGCGCCGCAUGUUCCAGUUCAUCUUGGUGCCAUGUCCAGUACAGUUCGCUGGCAGCUCAAACAUUGGGGUGAAAAUCUAAACGAAGGAGAUGUGUUGGUAACUAAUCAUCCUUGCGCCGGUGGUAGCCAUUUGCCUGAUAUAACCGUGAUCACUCCUGUUUUUGACAAGGGUAAGCUCGUGUUCUUCGUGGCUAGCAGAGGCCAUCAUGCAGAAGUUGGAGGAAUAACUCCAGGAAGCAUGCCUCCUUUCUCAAAGGCGAUUUGGGAGGAAGGCGCUGCGAUAAAGGCGUUUAAAGUUGUUGAGAAAGGUGUUUUCCAGGAAGAAGGAAUCGUCAAACUUCUUCAGUUCCCUUCUUCUGAUGAAACAACAACUAAGAUUCCCGGAACUAGAAGGAUUCAGGACAAUCUCUCUGAUCUUCAGGCUCAGAUAGCUGCAAACCAGAGAGGAAUUGCUCUAAUCAAAGAGCUGAUUGAGCAGUAUGGCCUUGUGACUGUUCAAGCUUACAUGAAAUACGUGCAGCUUAACGCAGAAGAAGCAGUGAGAGAAAUGCUGAAAUCUGUUGCUAUUAGAGUCUCCUCCGAAAAGCCUGAAUCAAGAGUUGGUAGUUCCGUAACCAUAGAAGAAGAGGAUUACAUGGAUGACGGAUCUGUGAUUCACUUAAAACUCACGAUCGACGCUGACAAAGGAGAAGCCUUCUUCGACUUUACAGGAACAAGCCCUGAAGUCUACGGUAACUGGAACGCACCAGAAGCAGUUACAUCCGCAGCGGUUAUAUACUGCCUCCGUUGUCUGGUUAACGUCGACAUCCCUCUAAACCAAGGCUGCUUAGCUCCGGUUGAGAUCCGCAUACCGGCUGGUUCUUUCUUAUCUCCAAGCGAGAAAGCAGCUGUUGUCGGAGGAAACGUUCUGACAUCUCAGAGAGUUACAGAUGUUGUCCUAACAGCUUUCAAGGCUUGUGCUUGUUCACAAGGAUGCAUGAACAAUCUCACAUUUGGAGAUGACACGUUUGGCUACUACGAGACCAUUGGAGGAGGAUGCGGAGCUGGACCUACAUGGGACGGGACAAGCGGAGUCCAAUGCCAUAUGACCAACACGAGGAUGACUGAUCCAGAGAUCUUCGAGCAAAGGUACCCGGUACUGUUGCAUAGAUUUGGAUUGAGAGAGAACAGUGGAGGCAAUGGGUUGCAUAAAGGAGGAGAUGGGUUGGUGAGAGAGAUAGAGUUUAGAAAGCCUGUGGUGGUUAGUAUUCUCUCAGAGAGACGAGUCCACUCGCCACGAGGAUUGAACGGUGGCCAAAACGGAGCUCGUGGAGAGAACUAUCUCAUAAGUAAAGACAAAAGGAGAAUCUAUCUUGGAGGCAAGAAUACUGUACAUGUGAAAGCCGGUGAAAUCCUACAGAUUCUCACUCCGGGCGGUGGCGGAUUCGGCUCCGGCGUUUGAAUUACUCAUCUCCUCUCUCAUUCUUUGGAGGUUGGCCACUUUCGGUGUAAUAUGGAUCAAUAAGCUGUAAGUGAUUUUUAUAUAUAUUUAUGUUGCUCAACAAUUCAGACAUUGUACAAGCGUUUCGUUUGAUUAUAACGUUUAAACAGAACUU